UCCCCCCCCUCUCUCAGUCUCUCUCUCUUCAAUCUCUGGUUUUCUGGCACCCGAUUGAUUGUCUUGGUUUUCUUCAAAAUCUCCUAAAAAUCGAUGGCGUGUGUAUCGAUGUCUACAGUUCCUUCAAAAACCCUUUCAUUUCCAAGUAUUAGAGAGGUUUCUAUAGGGACCUUUAACAAUCCUGGGCAUAUAUGUGGAAGCACUAAAAGCUUCAGUGUUCACUACACAAGAAAUCACAAUUUUCCUAGGUUAUUAUUCUCAAGCGGCGAAAGUCACAGGCGAUCAUCCCAGAUCACAUAUGCAGUUGAUUCAGGAGUUGAGUCGUCAAUUACUGCUGAUCAAGACAUUGUUCGUCACUUAAAACAAGCAAAGGUAGUCAUUGAGUCACGAGAUGAUGAUAAGAUCCAAGUUAGAGUGGACUUAACUGGAAUAGAAACACUAAAAAUACAUGAUGUGGUUAUAGCAAAUUUGGCUAAAUCAGCACCACCUGUUCCUGGGUUCCGCAAAAUGAAAGGAGGAAAGACAUCCAAUAUUCCAAAGAGCUUUAUAUUACGGGCUCUUGGUGAAGAUCGUGUGACCAAGUUCACUGUACAAGAAAUUGUCAGUGCAACCAUGACCGAAUUUGUAAAGACGGAAAAUUUAACUGUGAACAACACAUUCAAGACAAUACAAUCAGCAGCAGAGCUAAAAGCGACUUUUAAACCAGGAAAAGAAUUUGGUUUCAAUGCUACACUGGAUAUUGAAAAAGAAAAUAGUGAUCAGACCAGUUCAAGCCCCUCGGAGGUUGAAGUUUUGCCUGAUACUGUGAAAGAAAACAGUGACCAGACAACAUCAAGCCCCUCAGAGGUUGAAGUUUUGCCGCAAUGAGGUUACACAACAAAUAUUACUGUGUGAAUUUCAUUAGUGUAAGGUUUAUGCUGACAAAACAUUGUCUGUUUGGCGCUAUUGCUGAAGGUCCAAAUUUUUGUAAUAGAAAAAAGGGAUUUGUGAACUAAUUUCUACACUGGGGUUAUAUACAAGGUAGCAGUAUUCUAAUUCCUGCUCUUACUUGCAGCUGCCCCACUAGGUGUUCAUUUGUUUUGUGGGAUAAAUUCCUCGGUCAUGUACUGCAAGUGCAUCAGAAUUAACGAGUCAUUUUAUAACGUGCAACUAAAAAGUCGUUAGACUGACUUGAAAGCUAUAUUCA